CUUGCUGCGUUAGAGAGGCAAGUGUUCGAUUUCCUGGGCUACCAGUGGGCCCCUAUCCUAGCCAACUUCCUCCACAUCAUCAUCGUUAUCCUCGGCCUGUUUGGCACUAUUCAGUACAGACCUCGCUACAUAGUGGUGUAUGCCAUCUGGACUGCAGUUUGGGUCACCUGGAACAUCUUCAUCAUUUGCUUUUACUUAGAAGUGGGAGGGCUCUCAAAGGACAGCGAACUCUUGACAUUCAACAUCUCCCGGCACCAAUCAUGGUGGAGUGAAAAUGGUCCUGGCUGUGUAAGGAAGGAGGCUUCAAUGUCUGGCAUCAAAGGGCUGGACAGCCAUUCCUACAUCUCUGUGAUAGGCUGUGCCCUGGAGUAUCGCUACAUCGAGGUCAUGCACAGCUCCUUCCAGAUCCUGAUCGCG